CUUCCUUUGCCUAUCUAGUGGCGGUGUCAAACAGCUUUCCCGCCACUAAACGUCGUCAAACAAAUGACAAGAAAUUACUCUUUUUUUCUUUUAAAAGUAAACAAUAUUAAUUAUUCGUGUGUUAGUUUGUGCAGACCAAUUGGAUAAUAUUGAAUAUGCCUUCAGAACGUAAGACAAGGAAACGAAAACAGUCCGUUACAGAGGAACGAUCAAACACACAAAAUGUUCAUAAAAGUCCGAAAACAAAUCCAACUAACAAUAUAACACUGACGAAAGAAAUGAGAAAAUUAAGACAAAUCAAAGCUAAGAAGGUAAUUGGUGAAGAGUGGAAAACCAAGGAGACCAUUAAAUCUUCUGAUAAACAAAAAAGUGGGACAGUGAGGAAAAAUAAACAAAAUGAAAAUCAGAAUAAAUUGCCACGACUUUCAACAGUGGUUUUGAAACAAGCGUCUCCAAACAAAAAAUCAGGAAAUGUUAAGCAAACUAUUAAACGGAAAAUUACGAAAGUAAAAAAAGAUGAAGCAACGUCAAGAAUAGGCUUACUAACUGUAAAUGUUACCCAACAAAAAAAACAAGCAAAGGGGAUUAAAUCUUGGUUAGAGCAGGCACCUAAAACUCGUAAUGCAAACAAAUCAACAAAAACUCUGGAAAAUUCAGCUAUAUAUUCAAACAAAAUUGGUAAUUUAAAUGCAGAAAAAGAUGCCACUGAAAAAGCUGAUGAUAUUUAUGAAUUUACUUACGAUCCUAAAGAAGAGCCACCACCAUUAAAAAAGAAAAAAACUGUCCGAAAGAAACCUAUUAAGCCCAAACCACCAAAAGCAUAUUUUUACAAUAACAACUAUGACAAAAAUGUGUCUAAAGCUUUGUGUACCUUAAAACGUGUGAUUGCAUCAAAAUCAAAGCAAAAUAAUGAACAAAGACACAUUACAGACAAUGAACAAACAGCAAAUAAUGAAGCAUGCAGGAAAAGUAUAGAAAAUACAAAUACUGUUCAUCCUUCACCACAUACAAAACAGCAAAUAACUAAUCUUCUGAACAACAAUUGUCAAAAAAAUAUGAAUAAAAAUCAACCUGAAGUUACUACUUUGGGUAAUACAAUCACAAAUAAGUCUGUUAGUAAUCAAAUUAAUACACCAGCACUUACAAACUAUAAUUCAAUGAGAAUUGAGGAUAUAGCAGCUGAUUUUGAGAUGAGCGAUGGUCACAAUGACUUAAAUUACUCUCCAGUCUAUUCUCCUGAGCAUCCAAAAAGUCCCAAUCAAAGAGAAUCAGGAAAUAGUGACAAUAAUUGCUUACCUACAGUAAACAGUAGGGAUCCCUUAAAUCUUCAAGAGGAAUUGAGUUUUUUUGAUGAUCAGCCAGUAGCUAACAGUAGCAUGAUCAAGUCCAUUAGAAAUCCUGCUCCAAGCCCAAGGGAUCCACUAGCAAGUCCAUGGAGAGUAGAAUUUGGUUGCUUACCAAUAAAAUGGCAAAUUAAUACAUAUAUAAAACCAAACAUGACUCCAGCUGUGGAAAGCUCAUUUAUAGCUGAAAAUACAAAACAACAUGUUUACACCAAUAUAGUGCCUCAAUCAAAUGAGAGCUUACCUCAGAUAUUUGAUAAAAAUACAAGUGCUAUGAAGCAGCCUAGCAUUAUAUCCUUUAUAAAAGAGAUGGCAGAAAAGAGUGCCAAAAAGAAACGCGGAAGAUCUGUGUCUCCAACAAAAGCAAACAGUCUAUUUGAAGAAACCAUAAAUUCACAUACAAAUAUGUGCCCUAGCGUCAACAUUAAUGCUGUAACGCCAACCAAAAAUACCGAGAUAAAUGUACAAAGUACACCACAAAGUAUAGAGGUUGUCUCAUCACCAUUAAAAACCAUAACAAAUUUAAGUAAUAAAGAAAACAGUAAUAGGAAUAAGGAGAAGGAAAAUAAACUGAAAGGAAAAUCAUCAAGAAAGCAAAAUAAAGAUAAAGAUAGAACAUAUUUUGGGUUUGAUGACACAGAUGAACAGGACCAAGAAAAUGUGUCUCCCAUUAAAGUAAUUCAAAAUAAUAGAGUGAAAGCUUUACGUCCAAGAUCUAGGGCCGUUCUUCAAGACAUCAAUUGUAUAAGAGGUACACUGAGAGCUGCAUUGCAUGCUAAAUCCAACACCAUAGCUAGCUCUGAUGCAGUGAAGAGAAGAAAUGCAGAAGAGUUGAAAUCAGCAGAAGAAGCUCCUGUGUUUUCAGAAAAGGGCACUGUAGAGAAUCCUCAGACUGUUGUGGAAGCAACUGAUGGUGGCAAUGAUGAUAAUGAAUCAGUACACUUAUUUGAAGAUUUUGAUGUUGUUCAUCAUCUGAAGCCACAGCGAAAAAGCUAUGGGAAACCCAAGAAAGUGAUGUUUUCUCGGACUUCUGUGUCUGGAGUUGACAAUGAACAUAGUGAUGAAGAAUAUGCCGAAAAUUAUGAAGAUGAUCUGGCUGAUUUGAACUUCUCUAUGGCAAUUAUUGAAGAAAAGAAAUCUAAAAAGAAGAAAAUUAAAAAACUUAGAUCCAGGAAAGAGGAAAAGGAGGCGGAUGAAUGGGCAGCCGCCUUUAACUCUAUGUGUGAAGACGUUGAUCAAUUCCCAUUGGUCGUCGAAUAAAUACUUAUAUGUUUCUAAAUCAUGACAUAUAGAUAUAAAAUAUUUAAAAUUAUGUACUAAUGAAUAGAAAUUAAGAUAUAUUUAAGAAACAAUUUUGUUUCAUCUAAAUUAAUGCUAUAAUUUUAAAUCUGGGAUUUUAAAAUUUUAAUUAAUUACUAACUAGACUUAAUUCGAUGUGGUCAUAAUUUUACUAUUUUAACAAAGUAUAGCUAUAAUUUUUGUGUAAUUUUACUAGCAUUACAACAGACGUAGCCGUUCAAAUAAAAAAAACUGUGGAUGACAGUUUUCUUAUUCUAAUCUGAGGCUCCAAUUUUUGUUUAUGAUGAAAUUGUUCACUGAAGAACCAAAUUGCUCUCUACAACACUGACAAUACUCACAUAAAUAAAAAAAUUGGAUACAGUAAUGUUAGAUCUCUUUUGACGUAUCUACUCAAUACUCAUUGUAUGCUCUCCGAAUAAGAAUAACAUUGUCACAACCUUUUUCCAUGUCAUUUUCAAAAUAAUUUAUAAUUAAGUUAAUAUUAUUUAAAAUAGAUUUUUUCACUGUAGGCAAAUAAGUAAAAAACUCAUACUCUACUGAAGGUAAGUAGUCACCAUCGGCCAUGGACAUAAGCAAGCACAGUGAAGUCACUCAUUUUUUUAUAUUUUUUAUAUCGUAAUUAUCAUAUUUUAUUAUAAAAAGUACCUGUGAAAUGACAUAUUUGAUAGUUAAGCUAAAGAUUAUUGAAAAUCUCAAUAUUUCUAUUCUUAUAGUUUUAACACAAAACAUACCGAGAGGUGAAAAGUUAUUUGGUUCAAGCGACAUUUUUCUUUGUAAUUAAAGGUCUGUUUUAUUUGUUACUAGCGACCCGGUCUCGCUUCGCUUCGGACAUAUUAAAUUUUAUUAUUAAUAGCGAUUAUUGUCGUACAGCGGGUGACGCCGCGGGGCGAAGCUAGUCUAAAAAAGUAUCCUAAGUUACUUCUUAUAUUAUCAGCUACCUAUUAGUGAAAGUCCCGUCAAGAUCGGUCCAGCCGUUCCAGAGAUUAAGCGGAACAAACAGACAGACAGACAAAAAUUGUAAAAAAUGUUAUUUUGGUGUAUGCACCGUAUAAUUAUUUGCGUAAUUACUGGUGGUAGGACCUCUUGUGAGUCCGCACGGGUAGGUACCACCACCUUGCCUAUUCUGCCAUGAAGCAGUAAUGCGUUUCGGUUUGAAGGGUGGGGCAGCCGUUGUAACUAUACUUGAGACCUUAGAACUUAAAUCUCAAUGUGUGUGGCGCAUUGAUGUUUGUAGAUGUCUAUGGAUUCCAGUAACCACUUAACACCAGGUGGGCUGUGAGCUUGUCCACAUAUCAAGGCAUAAUAAUAUAUAUAUAUAUAUAUAUUCAUUAGUAAAAAGCGAUUAUUUCAAUAUUACAAACAGACACUCCAAUGUUAUUUAUAUGUAUUUUUAGUUUAGUAUCAACAAUUCAAUUUAAUUUACUCCAUUCAAAUAGCUGAAGAAGUUUUCUUGUUUUGAUAUUUUUUCCAAAGCUUAAACUUUGAAUGGUUCUCCUGUAAAGUUGCAAAAUGUCGCUUAAACCAAAUAGCCUUUGACCCAGCGAUAUAAUUAUACUAUCGCAAUUGUGUAUUAAUAUAUUUUUUCAAUUUUAUUCUCGAAUUACUUGUGUGUGAAUUUUGUAUUGUUUUUAUUUUAUAAUAAACACUAGCGACCCGCCCUCGCCUCGCUUCGGAAACUGUAAUUUAUUAUUGAUUUCUCCACUAUUUAAUGGAUGUUAUUAUACAUAUAAACCUUACUCUUCAAUCACUCUAUCUAUUAAAAAAACCGCAUCAAAAUCAGUUGCGUAGUUUUAGAGAUUUAAGCAUACAUAGGGAUAUAGGGACAGAGAAAGCGACUUUGUUUUAUACUAUGUAGUGAUUAUAGAAAAAAAAAAUCUAACACGCUUUACGGAAGAUGGUGCAGAUGCGACUUGUCAUGUGCGGGUAUUGAUCUUUUAAAUUUUACAUAAUAGAUUUCACAUAUUUUCUAAAUAAAACAUCAUGAAUGUAAAUAAAAACAAAUUAUGUUAAGACACAACUGGUUGUAAUUUAAUUUUAUAGUAUGUAUGUAAUUUUAACGAAUUAUAAAUCAUUUUAUUUAA